AUGACAUCGUAUUAUAGUAAAAGCUCAUCAACAAGUUCAAAAUCAUCCGCAACAACAAAAUCAUACGGUAACGGAACGAACUUCAAUUGCUUCAUUAAAAUUAGAAGACUUUCUAUUGCUGAUAUUCGUAAAGCAUGUUAUCCUUUAGGUGAAUUACCCAAAAUCCCAUUUAAAACUUACAUGGAAAAACAGAAAGAACGAGAAAAAAUUGAGCAAUCAACAAAGAACAACAGCAGAAGUCCAAUUUUAACAAGUCAUUUAGCAGAUGGUGGUCGACGUAAAUCUACUAUUGAAGAAGUUACUAAUACUAAAUCACUAUCACCAGGAUCAGCAACAUCGUCAUUAUCAUCAUCCAAUUCAUCUAAAACAUUAUCAAAACGUAAGCGAAGUCCUGAUUAUUCAAAUGAAAAAGCAGUAAAUGAAACAAAUAAUGGUCGACGAGAAAUGAUGAUGGCUUUAGCACGCACAUUUGAAACAUUAGUCGAUACUGAUUCAACAUUAGAUUCAAUGGAAAGUCAAGAUGACCUUCGAAAUUGGUGUGUAACAAAAGUAUUACGUACAAUGGAACAACAUCAAGCAAAAAAAAAUGAAAAUAAAGCUGAUGAUCGUCACUCAUAA